CGCAUGAGGCAAACCCGGUGAGCCGAGGGUCGACCAUACAAGGGUCGACUGUACAAGGAUCGAUCGUGAGUGGGUCGAAGCUUGUUGGUCAAGAGAUAGCGCUCGAUCAAGCACGUGGAAGAGAACACGGGUUGGACGCACGAUCACACAAGUCGGCCAAGGAAGUGUUAGAGGUAUGCUGUAAAAGCUGUGUUUUGCA